AUGGACUCUACAACACCGCAGCAACCGGCCGUCGAGGUGAAGUCUGAAGUCACAGACGUCAGUGAAGGGGAGGGGGACCUGUCGCGGGAGGAGCUGGCCGAGUGGCUCCUGGCCAACUUCGGCACCGAGCCCGACCAGCCCGAGCUGGCCCCGCAGCCGCUCAACCUCGACCACCUGCUCCGCCCGGAGGACUUUGACCCCUCACGCGUCACCGCGCACAACAUCGUCGAAGGCGACGGCGGCCUCGACGGCUUCGGCAUCGUGCUCGAGAACGUGUUCACCCGGCGCGAGUGCCAGCGCCUCAUCGCCGAGACCGAGCGCGUCGGGUUCGGCCACCUGGGCGAGGGCAAGACGGGCCGCGCCUACCGCGGCAACUGCCGCCUGCAGAUCGACGACCUGGGCGGCGCGCUGGGCCGCGAGGUGUGGCGCCGCAUCGCGCCCUACGUGCCUGCGGCGGUGGAGCUGCCCGACGGCGAGGGCCGCUUCGAGUACCUCGAGAUGAACUCGCGCUAUCGGUUCGCCAAGUACUACGCGGGCCAGGGCUUCGCCAUACACGUGGAUAAGCCGACCAUCUACGAGCACGAGCGAUGUAGCAUCAUGACGGUCAACAUCUACCUGAACGAUCUGGUGCAGCCGGAGCAGGGCGGGCUGACCCGCUUCUUCCGGCGGAUGACGGGUGGCGCGCCGGUGGCUGCGGCGGGCGGCAAGGCGGGCAGCAUCGCCAUCUUCAAGCAGAGCGUGGUGCCCUACAGCCCGGUGCACGACGGCGACAAGCUCCUGAGCGGCCUCAAGUACCUCAUGCGCACCGACGUCGUCUACCGCCCGGCCGCGGCCACGGAUACGCCCAAGAGCGACGCCUAA